CGUGCCCCCCGUUUUUCCGCGGGCGGGGCUCCCCCCGGGCCGCCCUUUGUUCCCGGUGCGCGGGGGGGGACCGCAGCCCUGACAUCACCGGCGGCCUAUGGGCGCCGCCGCCGCCGCCGCCGCUCCCGGUGAUUUAUUUACCGAAGGAGAACCGGGGCGGGGAUGGGACCGGCGUCACCGCGGGGGGAGCGGGCACCGCCCGCCGGCCCUUCCCGGCAGGAACCGGACAUUUCCCGCCCGUUCCCGACCUCUGCACUGGGCUUGGCGGGGCCGCACCGCGCCCCGGGGCUUCCCGGUACCGGAGCCGCAGCUCCUCGGUUUGCCCCGGUGCCUGAAUUCCCCGGUAACCCCGGGAUCGGAGCUGCCCCGGGUUCCCUCCGGUGCCACCCGGAGACGGAGCCAGGUCUCGCCGGUGCCCCCCGGAGCCCCCCGGAGCCCCCCGGAGCCCCCCGGUGCCCCCCGGUGCCGGUGCCCGCCCCGCCGCGCUCUCUCCGGGGCGGGGUUCGGGCCCCGUCCGUGCCCCGGAGGGCGGAUUUUGGGGGGGCCGUGACGGAGGCGGGGUCGGCUGAGCCCUGCCCAGCCCGGCCCAGCCCAGCCCGGCCCGGCCCGGGGCGAACGGGGACGGAGCGGGGACGGCGGCGGGACCGGGGGAUCGCCGGGAUGGGGGGACACGGGGACAACUACUACGGCAAACACGGAACGCCACAGAAAUAUGACCCGACUUUCAAAGGUCCCAUCUAUGACAGGGGCUGCACCGACAUCGUCUGCUGCGUCCUGCUGGUGGUGGCCAUCGUGGGCUACGUGGUGGUCGGCGUCGUGGCCUGGACCCACGGGGACCCCCGGAAGGUGAUCCACCCCACGGACAGCCGCGGGCAGUUCUGCGGGCAGCAGGGGACCCCCAACGAGAAAAAACCUUUCCUUUUUUACUUUGACAUCGUCAAGUGCGCCAGCCCGCUGGUGCUGCUGGAAUUCCAGUGCCCGACCACGCAGAUCUGCGUCAGCAAAUGCCCCGACCGGUACAUGACCUACCUGACGGCCCACGGGAAUGCGGCGGCGCUGCAAUAUUACCGGAAUUUCUGCACCCCCGAGUCCAAGAGCUCCAAGAAGGCUCCCCUGGAGGUGCUGCGGGACAAGGAGUGUCCGGCCAUGCUCAUUCCCAGCACCCCGCUGGCACGGAGAUGCUUCCCAGCCAUCCAGGCCAAGAAGGGCGUCAUCAUGGUGGGCAACGAGACCACCUACGACGACGGCCACGGGCGCCGCAGGAACGUCACCGAGCUGCUGGAAGGAGCCAAAAAAGCCAACGUGGUGCUGGAGACCCGGCAGCUGGCCAUGAAGAUCUUCGAGGAUUACACGGUGUCCUGGUACUGGAUCAUCAUAGGCCUCGUCAUUGCCAUGGUGGCCAGCCUCAUCUUCAUCGUCCUGCUGCGCUUCCUGGCCGGGGUCAUGGUGUGGGUGAUGAUCGUGAUGGUGAUCCUGGUGUUGGGAUACGGAAUCUUCCACUGUUACAUGGAAUACGCCAAGCUGAAAGGGGAAGCGGGGUCGGACGUGUCCCUGGCAGACCUGGGCUUCCAGACCGACCUCCGUGUGUACCUCCACCUGCGGCAGACGUGGCUGGCGUUCCUGAUCAUCCUGUGCGUGCUGGAGCUGGUGAUCGUCCUGCUGCUCAUCUUCCUGCGCAAGAGGAUCCUCAUCGCCAUCGCGCUCAUCAAGGAGGCCAGCAGGGCCGUCGGUCACAUCAUGUCGUCGCUGCUGUUCCCCUUGUGCACCUUCUUCUUGCUGUGCCUCUGCAUCGCCUACUGGGCCAGCACUGCCGUCUUCCUGUCCACCUCCAACGAGGCUGUUUACAAGGUGUUCAACGAGUCCGCGUGCCCGUUCUCCGGGCAGACCUGCAGGCCCGAGACCUUCAACACCAGCAACGUCACCAAGCUGUGCCCCGACGCCCAGUGCCUCUUCGCGUUCUACGGCGGCGAGACCGCCUAUCACAAGUACCUCAUCGUGCUGCAGUUCUUCAACGUCUUCAUGUUCUUCUGGCUCGCCAACUUCGUCAUCGCGCUGGGCCAGGUGACGCUGGCCGGCGCCUUCGCCUCCUACUACUGGGCCUUCAAGAAGCCCGACGACAUGCCGGCCUUCCCGCUCUUCUCCGCCUUCGGCCGCGCGCUCCGGUACCACACCGGCUCGCUGGCCUUCGGCUCGCUGGUCCUGGCCGUCGUCCAGGUCAUCAGGGUCACCCUGGAGUACCUGGACCACCGGCUGAAAGCUGCCGAGAACAAGUUUGCCAAAUUCCUCCUGAGCUGCCUCAAGUGCUGCUUCUGGUGCCUGGAAAAAUUCAUCAAGUUCCUCAACAGGAAUGCCUACAUCAUGAUCGCCAUCUACGGCACCAACUUCUGCACCUCGGCCCGGAACGCGUUCUUCCUGCUGAUGAGGAACAUCAUCAGGGUGGCCGUGUUAGAUAAAGUCACGGAUUUCCUCUUCUUCCUCGGCAAGCUCCUCAUCGUGGGAAGCGUGGGAAUCCUCGCCUUCUUCUUCUUCACCCACCGGAUAAAGCUGGUCCAGGACACGGCACCGCCGCUGAACUACUACUGGGUCCCAAUUCUGACGGUGAUCGUGGGCUCCUACCUCAUCGCCCACGGCUUCUUCAGCGUGUACGGCAUGUGCGUGGACACCCUCUUCCUUUGCUUCUGUGAAGAUCUGGAGAGAAACGAUGGAUCUCCGGAGAGGCCUUACUACAUGUCCCCCGAGCUCAGCGAGAUCCUGCUGAAGGGGCACCUAGAACCUUCCAAAAGCGCCGAUAGCCAAGGCUAGGGCGGAGGCCGCGGGACCCUCCCGGCCCCUGACCCCAGCAGCGACUCCCGCGGUGCCACUGUGUCCCCUGGAAGUCCUUCGAGGGUGGCGGGCGCCGACCCUCAGUGCCCGACGGUGUCCGAUCUGCCUUCCUGCCCAAAAUUCCGUGUUCCUGCGCCUAGAGACCCGCCCGGUGUCGGCCGGGGCUGCGGUGGCGCCCGGCGAGGAGCGCGGUGCCCGGAGAUCGUCGCGGGGCUUUGAGGCAGAGAUCUUUGCUCCUGAGGGAGGGCACGAGGGAUCCCGCGUGGAGGGACAGGGCUCUGCGGGUUCCGCCACCCCAAACUGGUCUCUGGGUGUUUCCUCUGUGUCUGCCUCAGCCAAGAGCACUCAAACUUUCUUUGCCCUUUCCUUGCAGUUUCCUCACCCUUUUCCUCCCCCCGUUUCUAUGCAAACCACGAAAUUUUGAAGGAUUCCGGGCGAGGUUGCAGAGCUUUGACUUCACACCCGCUGCUUUAGCCCGGCUUGUCCCUUUUCCCAGCCACCACAGGAGCCGUCGCCGGUGGCCAUCGGGACUUGGUGGCCGCUGGGACUUGGGGGGUUUCACUCCAGGCAUGGGAGGGGGUUGGGAUUUCUCCUCCAGACAGCCCAGAAAUGAUCAAAUUAAAAAAAAAAACAGCUCUUGUGGCUCGGCCUCAGCCACAGCUCCCAGCCAGCCUCUCCCAGGACAAAGCCCUGCUGUUGGUGCUCCCAUUGCCAUCAGAAGGAUCCAAAUCCCUCUCCAAACACCCCCUGGGCGUUGCAAGCCCGGAGCUUUGUGGCUUUGUUUGGUUUCGGGGUGUUGUUUUUUCCACGGCUGGGAUUUUCCAACCUCGUUGGCACGAGGGGAAUCGCUUUGCAUUGGCUCCAGAGCUGUUGGGAAGAGCUGAGGGGUCCCUCCUGCCCUUGGCUCUGUUCAACUUUCCCCCUCGAGAAGCAAAACGCCCAAAUUUCCUCUUCCUUCUCAAUCCUUGCGGCCAUUCCCGGGUUUGCUGUGUCAGAGAGAGGAAAACCCCGUUCCUCGAGGAGCCCAGAGGAUUUGUUUAACCUGGGAAUGGUUGUUAGAGGAUCCCAGGAGCCUCCGUCACACCAACCCCACAUCUGCCCCCGCCGUGGGGCCGGGGAUUUGUCUUUGCAGUGGAAGACCUGGAGCGCAACGACGGCUCGGCGGAAAAGCCGUACUUCAUGUCCCAGAACCUGAGGAAGCUGCUCAAGAAGACCAACAAAGGCCAGCCCGACGCGUAGCGCCCGUCCCGCGUGGAAUUCGCCUCUGCGGACCUUGGGCAGCGCGGGCGGAUUGGUAAAAUGCAGAUUUUUGAUGACUCGGCCUUAAAUCCUUGCGCUGGUAACGACGACGAGCUUGUCACCGCUAAGGAGCCGCGGCGCCCCGUGCCAGUGCCGCUCCUGGGGCAAAUCCCAGUUCCCGAGGGUCAGCGGCUCCAGAGCGAGUUGGAUUGUGUUUGAUCCCGUUUUGGUCCUGGUGAGCCCUUCUCGGGUGGCUUUCCUCGGGGAUCCGAGCGGAUCCGGGCGCGGGAAGGAGCCGCGAGGUUCAGGCAGCUCCUGGUGGGGCGUUUUCCUCGUGCCUCCCCUAAAAGUGGAAUUGUGGCUGUGCAUUCCUGCCCCCAGAGAGCUGGGACGGGCUGGCAUCGCUUCCAUCCCUCGCUGCCCUUUGCCGACACCUGAGGGCCCUGGUUUGGGCCCUAAUUAAUUAAUUAUUUUAAGAAUAAGCUAAUUUGUGCUUUUGUAGCCACUCCCGAGGGGUGAAGGUGGAGGGGAACGAGGGGGCUGUGAGCAGAAUUUGGGUUUGAGGCUCUGUCCAGCUCUUGCAUCUCUUGAGGACCUGAGGAAUCCACAGAUUCCUCCCCAAAACGUGCAUCUGGCUCCCCAAAUUUGUCAGUUCAGGGCAAAGCCCUUCAGCUUCCCAAGUAAUUCACUCGCAUCAGGGGUUUUGGGACCCCCCCCCAGGACAUGGGGAAGGGGCAUGGAUGGACCUGGAGGGAUUUUGGUUUCAUUCCAGGUGAUUUUGGCAAAGCCGUGGCAGCCAACGCCGGCCUCCAGCCAGGAGGGGGAAAAAGGGAUUUUUUUUUUUUUUUUUUUUUUUUUGGUGUGGAAAACGGGUCAAUUAACUCUAAAAUGUAACUAACUCAAACCUAAAAUGUAACAGAAUUAACCCUCAGACCCGCUGCAGCCACAGGAGCAGGACCACCACCAACAAUUGGGCUUUUUUGGGGGCUCAUUUGUUAAAAAAUGAUUUUAAAAUGCUCUGAGGCUUUGGGGGACAAUUCCCAUCUCCCACAGGCUGGGGGGAUCCCACCUUUCCCCCUCCCAGUGCUCACCUGGGAUCCCUCCAGGCACUGAGGGAUCCCUUUGGCUUUUUUUUAUCCCAAUUCCCCUUUAGGUUUUUGUAUCGUCCAGGGGAACGUUUCUAUGGCAUUAUCCAAUCUUUUGGUGGGGGGCUUUUGUAUAUUUUGCUUUUCCAGGAUGUUUUUGGUUGUGGUUAUUUGGAGCUUUUCCAGUGAAUUUCUGGGGGCACGUUUUAGUUUCUCUGACGCCGCCGGGCAGAGCUUCCCUAGCUGGAAUCAAACACUCUGAUUUCUCUAAUUUUUCUUUUUAAAAUUCCCUAAAUGCUCACUUUUCCCCCUCGUUUUUCAGCGCAGCUGAUCAAUGGGCAGUGGAGGAGUGCAAGGGAAAAUUGAAGCCAAAAAAAAUGAAGGAAAAGGUAAAACUAGAAAGGUGAAAAGGGAAAGACAGAGAAAUGAAGGGAAAGGUAAAAACAAAGCUGAAAAAGUAACAGUAAAGCUCCACAGAAAAGAUCAAAUUAAUCUAAAAAGAGGCAAAUCCUCCUUGUUUGGGAUAAGUGGGAAUAAUCCAGGGAAUAAUCACCAGACCUUGUUCCACUUACAGCCAUUCCAGCACCUCCAGCACGUGUCCUGCAGCUCCUGAUGCUCGUUCUGGAUAAUUCAGUUUUCUUCCCUCCCUGUGCAGGUUUCAGGGUGGAUUUGGUUUUAUAUGUUCGUGUUGGGGGCCGAAUUCUCCCUCACUCCUCAAUUUUUAGCCGUUUUCCUCCUAAAUCCUGACCCUUUGGGUGUGGGAACCCUGUGGGAAGCAGCUGAGGAGUGGCAGGAACUGGGUUUAUUUGCUCCAAAAGGCAAAGGACAGCAGGAAUUUGGAAGGCUGGAAGGAGGAGUGGUGAAGGAGAGAAGAAAUUUGGGAAAAUGUGCUCCUGGGGAAGCCGGGCUGGCUCGGCUGCCUCCCAGCAGCACAGGAUUUGAGGAGAAUUCAGGAUUUUUAUUGCAAAUAAACCCAAGUGGCUUUUUAGAGGUGAUGGGGAGCAGUGAGGGAAAUAUUCUUGUAAAUUAGGGGUUUUUUUUGGAAAACUCAGAGCAAGGGCAGCUGUCUGGGGGAAUUUGGUGUCUGGAAAAGCUUCACUCCAAUACUGGGUUCCUGCUUCCAGGAUAAAACUCUGUGUUCGAGGCAUUAAAUGAUGGAAUUUAGGAAUAACAGCGCUUUUUUCUCCUGUCUAGAAAUGCGGCUUGUGUCCCUACAAACGCCAUGGUUCUGUGGGCAAAGAAAACAACCCUAAAUCCUAAAAAAAAAAAAAAAAAAAAAAAAUUGCUAAACGUGCAGGGGUGAUGUUUUACAGGAAAAUGCUCAUUUUUCGUGUGUUUUUGAGGCAUUAAGGGUGCUGUGACACUCCGGAGUCUCUGCGCGGUUCCGACAAUAAAAAAGUGCCUGUUUGGA